GCGGGGCCGCGAGUGGGGGCGCGGCGCGGAGGUGCCACUGGGCGGUGGUGGCGAGGCGGCGCCCCUGCGCGGAGCGGAGCGAACGGCAGCCGGGCCCGGUGCGCGGCCGCGGGGCUGCAGCGCACGACGAUGGCCGCGCCCGCCGGGGCCGGGGCGGAGACUGCGACCCUGGACCGCCGGCGCUGCCUGUGGUCGGUGCUGGCGGCGGCGCUCGGGCUGUUGACUGCUGGCGUGUCAGCCUUGGAGGUAUACACCCCAAAGGAAAUCUACGUGGCCAAUGGGACCCAAGGGAAGCUGCCGUGCAAGUUCAAGUCUGCGAACACCACCAGCAGGUUGACCACAAUCUCCUGGAGCUUCCAGCCAGAGGGAUCCCACACCACCGUGUCGUUUUUCCACUACUCCCAAGGGCAAGUGUACAUCGGGGACUACCCGCCCUUCAAGGACAGAAUCACCUGGGCUGGGGACCUCGACAAGAAAGACGCAUCGAUCAACAUAGAAAAUAUACAGUUCAUCCAUAACGGCACCUACAUCUGUGAUGUCAAAAACCCUCCCGACAUCGUCGUCUACCCGGGAUACAUUCGCCUCUAUGUUGUAGAGAAAGAGGUGUUGCCCGUGUUUCCGGUGUGGGUGGUGGUGGGUAUUGUGACCGCUGUGGUUGUGGGGCUCACCCUCCUCAUCAGCAUGAUUCUGGCUGUCCUCUACAGAAGGAGAAGCUCGAAGCGGGAUUACACCGGCUGCAGCACCUCAGAGAGUGUGUCACCGGUUAAGCAGGCUCCACGGAAGUUCCCCUCCGACACAGAGGGUCUAGUAAAGAGCCUGCCUUCUGGAUCUCACCAGGGCCCAGUCAUAUAUGCGCAGUUAGACCACUCUGGUGGGCACCACAGCGACAAGAUUAACAAGUCAGAGUCUGUGGUGUAUGCGGACAUCCGGAAAAAUUAAGAGAAGACCCAGAGCAUAUCCUAAGCAAGAAACCAAUUCAAACUGGACUCUUGUGCCGCAGCGUGGCCCACAGCACGUGGCCGGGACACGGACGGCACGGGGAGGAGAUGUAAAGGAUAUGUGUAAAUCUUCUGUUUACUCUUCGGAUGAGAGGAGCAGUGGUGCAUGACGAAAGAUGGUAUGGUUCUACAUAUAUGUAAAUUGUCUCGCUGUUUUUUUCUACUUUUUGCAUCCAGGGUCAUUUACAGUUGGGGAAAUUCAGCCACAUUCCUGUCACCACCGUUCGGAUAUGGUGUGCCUUAAUGGCGAUGUAGCGCUCUCUUAGUAUCCCAGCAGACUUGGCCUUUUUGUCUAAGGGCUUAACCAGUCUUAGCAUUUGUUGUAGUUGGAGAAUGAAGAUACGAUGCAGGAGACAUAGCCAGGGUGGCCUGUCCCCCACCGUCUGUUCCGACUGUUUGUAGUUUUUAGGAAACACCCGUUAGCUAUGCCACUUGGAGACAAUUUGAGAAACUUUUGUCGAUGUUUUUUCUCUCUAAAGCAGGGGUGGGGAACCUUUUUUCUGCCAAGUGCCACUUGGGUAUUUAUAAUAUUCUCAAGCCAGACAGAAUUAUCAACUUAAAAAUUAGUCUGCUAUAUUUGGUCAAACAUUUAAUUAACUCACCCUGAUGCCUUUGCAAGCCUUAUACGGCCCUUGGGUCAAAGGUUCCCCAACCCUGCUCUAAAGCAAAGAGCAUUUUUGCCUCAUAAGUUGUCACACAGACUUUAAGGUUACACCCUUUCAUGUCAGCUUGUUCAUCACAGCAAGGUCAGCAGGGAGAGCUGCCGGGGCCAGUUCCUCGGUGCCCUCAGAGCAGGACCCUUCACAUGGAACUGAAAGAGGAGCCAGCGGCCUGGGGAGCAGAGUGCAGGUGUCACUUUCUUUGCUGCUGGAAACGAGCCCGCGCAGCUGCCAGGGAGGAGUUCAUUGCCUUCCAGGUGGGCAGGAACGGGGUACACAGAACCUCCGUUCUCGCAUUAAUUCGUCCCAGAAGGCUGUUCGAAAACGGAAUCAUUUUUUCCCAUUAGAAAUCAUGUAAACUGAAUUAGUCCACUCCAGACCCCCAAAUGAUCUGUUCUUAUAUACAGUACAUGUCUAGUGUACUGCUUAAUUUAUAAAUAAACACUUUCAAACAAAAAGGGCUUGAAAUGUAAAUGAAAAUUUAACAAAAAGGAGAUGAAAUGUAAAAAAUGAAAGCUUAAUAAUAAGCAGCAAUAAAAGCAAAAAAAAACAAACCCUACAAAAAUAUUCACAGCACAAUUUCCUGAGAUGUUAACAAUGUGAGGUUUAGCGGUAGAUGGACUCAGGCUCUCUCUCCUUUGUUCGCCGCCUGAGAGACACGUGACCGAUCACACAGGUUUCAGCAGGAAAGGGUUGCCAGGUUGAGACGUGAAUUGUUGGGGACGGGAGCCCCUGAGAGGCGAGCUUUGCUGUAAUCAGGUAGCCGCUGUCGGAUCCAGGGCGCCCUCUAGGGAAUCGUCUUCCUUCUGGACGCAGAGAGCUCGGAGCUGCAGGGGCCUCUGAGGCUCAAGGCCGCUGGUGUUUUCAGAUCAGCAAGUAGGACUAGCACUUCUCCUUCUACUUUGGGAAUCUCUCCUCUGUUCCUGUUGUUUUUGUUCAUUUUCCACAUUUCCCCCAUUGAUGGAAUUGAUGAACAAUGAGAUGAGGAAAAAUCUAGACAGUUCAGGUCAUUCAUUUUGUCCCAUCGACAACCCCCGCCCCAUCACAAACCUAUGAUUUCUGUUAUUACUGGGACUAAAAAGCAAAGUGAGAUCAUUAAACAUUUAUUUAUAUUUGUCAUUCCUCCAUUUCCUGGAUUCUUUUGUAUUAAAAUGUUUUAGAUGUGAAAUGGUCUGAAAGCCCACAGUGGCGGAGGUCACAGGACAUGGCUGGGGAGUGGAGUGGCGGCAAUGUCCAUUUCCCCUGUGGUGUGGGGUCCGCCACCAGCUGCUUCCUUUUCCUCCCGGCUUCUGUCGUCUCUGUGAGGCAGUUUGGCCGGCUUCCAGGAGGACUCUCAGGGCGUCACGCAGGGUUUGGGUGGGAAGGUGUGGAGGUGAUCAAAUGGGAGAGGACACAUGGUCUUGUUUUCUGAGGAGCUGCUGGCUCUUCCCCAGGGUCCAGCCAAUGUAUCGUUCAUGUAUCGUAUGCAGGGGGCUUUGUGGUCAUGCACACCCUCCCUGUCCAGAGGCUGGCGGCUGUGGUCUGCGCUGUGUCGGGGCGAGUAUACGCCCUGAGGCCUCUCUCCUCCUGCUCAUGGGCCCAGCUCGAGCCCGGGACCCUGAGUCCGCCCAGGACGGCCCACCCAGGUCCACCUUGCCUCCUAAAGCUUCCUGCAUCCGUUUGAAAACAAGCCCUAGUGGGUGCGGGGAGGGAGGAUGGGUGUUGGGCUGUCCCCUUUCCAGACAGAUUCCCAGGUAACGGUACUCGUGAGCCUUUGUUUUGAAGCCGGAAAGGACACAUCCAGAGGCAGAUGUGCGGUUAGAUGUGGGGCGUUCCCUGACGGCCCCAUUUUACAGAGAAAAGGGGUGUCCUCCUUUUUCUUCCUUCUCACCAGGCCUGUGAAUAAGCUAUCCACUCCUAAUGGCUCGGGAGAGCAACAGCCCCAGUUUCUCCUUUCGUUUCAUUUUGAGAGCUGCCACCCAGAGCACCCGCCCGCACUUCCUCCAACCACACGGGUGGCCUCUCCCUCAGCUCCCCAUGCGACCUGCCCGACACGUCACCUCCCACCCACCCAGCCCCUCCAAUGGGUCAGCGCUUGGCAGCUGGGCGUCAGCAGCCACCGCUCUGGCUCACACCCGCAGUGCUCCCUCCGCCCCUCACUCCACUCCUGUGGGUCUUGGGGCCCUUUCUCCGCGUCCCCGCCUUCCUGUCCCAGGCCAACCGCGGGGCUGCUUCUAAAUGGAAGAGCCCUUCCCGCAUCUUCUACCGGCAGCACGAGCCCUCCUGGAUUCCGUGUGGUUGUUGGAAGGCAGCACUCAAGGGGUUACUCAGAGAUACAAUCCAAACCCUCUGUCGCUUUUCCAUGGAAAUGUAUCCAGCUGGGGAAGACCAUCAGGCUCAUGGGUUUUGUUUUCUUUUUCAAUUGUACAUUUGUGACUAUUUUAAUACACCUUUUUCCAUGACUGAA